CUGUUGUUGUUUGUUUACAUUGAGUGUUGGACUGAGAGUUCAUUCAUUCUUAUUUUUUUAUUUGAUAAUGCCUAAAAAUCUAAGCUUUAGGUGUUGGGUUCCACAUUGUAUCAACAGUAGGAAAAGGACGCGAAAACCGAAUUCACAUUUCCAUGCAUUCCCUGUGAAAAAUCCUGAGCGGUGCAGACGGUGGCUUCAGGCUGUUGGCUAUGAAGACCUCGUUUAUUUGCCGUUACAUUCACUUAGGAUACGAUAUGUGUGCUCAGAACAUUUUACAGAUGAAGAUUAUGGGAAGCGUUCUGCCAAUGCCAACCUCUUCUGUACUGCGAUCCCAUCCAAAUUUCCUUCUGGGACUACUCCUCUCUCAGAUGAAAUACUAGCAGAAUGGCCUCCAAAGUUGGCAUCUGACCGAAAAAACUCACCUGAGAUUGCAGUGAAGACAGAGGAAAUCUCGCCAGCUUCACCCACUUCAUCCAGCUCCUCUGACAAACUGCUGGCAUCAGUUGUCUCAGCAGGAAUUUUAGAGUCCAAAAUGGAUUCUACAGUUCACUCACCUUCAAUAGUAAUUUCAAAUACCCCUACUGCAAUUCAAGAACCUGUUAAAUCUAUUGAAGUGACUAUGCACAUGGAAAGUGGGGGAGCAUCAUUAGGUAUGCCAGUUCAAACUAACCCCUCUGAAGAAAGACUUCUUCCUCUUCCCCAGGAACUUCUGAUGAGUUACAUCAAGGAUAGUUCAGGAAAAGGGCUCCAUGACGGUGAUGUUUUGCUAGGCUUUGUCGUUCAAAGAGGCACCACUUUAGAUAUUGUUCCUGUCGGCCCUAACCACUCAAUGGUGGUAUCUUCUAAUCAUGAAGAAGCAACAAAAUGUCCAGUUUCUUCUUCAAAUGGUGUUGAAAAUGUGAGGUGAUCCAAGCACAAGUACUCCCUUAUAUCUGAGCCUAGAGAACUGCAGAGUAUGAAAUUUCCUUUUCAGAGUUUUCUUAAGUUUCAAUUAAUUUAUUUAUUUCUUGUUUUAAAAGACCACCUAUUUUGUGACAUUUCUGGUUGUUUCUGUAUAGCCAAUAGAAAAGUCUUUUUACUCGUAUAUUUGUGACAGCAAAGUGUAUUUCCAUACUUUCUGGCCAUAUCCUCAUUGAAAAUAAAUCAUUUACAGACCUGGA